GUGCUUCGUUACAGCUGUAGAUAUUGUCUACAACGCAGACGCACUGUGAACAACUUUGCAAACGCUUACAUUUAUUGUGUAUUAAAAACACAGAGAAAUAAAACAGAUGGGUUACCAGUGUUUCAGCUUUCUAGGAGAAACAUCGUCUGAACUUCGUUACUUAGAAAGCUAUUUCGUGAACUAAUACAUUAAACUCACGAAGAAGUUGGGUGCCCAUUCCAUUGUGUUUUGGUCGGAUAUUCCUGCUUUGCUCCAAGACGAUUUAGGUCCAAGAUGUCUGUGAGCAACCACGAAAACAGGAAGUCCCGCUCUAGCUCUGGCUCCAUGAACAUCCAGCUAUUCCACAAGACGUCUCAUGCAGACAGCCUCCUGACCCAGCUCAACCUGCUCCGUAAGCGAAGAGUCUUCACUGACGUGGUCCUGAGGGCCGGGAACCGGGUUUUCCCUUGCCACCGUGCAGUGCUGGCCUCCUGCAGCCGCUACUUUGAGGCCAUGUUUAACGGAGGCCUGAGGGAGAGCCGCGAUGCCGAGGUCAACUUCCACGACUCGCUGCACCCAGAGGUGCUGGAGUUGCUGUUAGACUAUGCCUACUCGGCCCGCGUCAUCAUCAACGAGGAGAACGCAGAGUCCCUUCUGGAGGCCGGGGACAUGCUCCAGUUUCAUGACAUCCGAGACGCCUGCUCUGAGUUCCUAGAGAAAAACCUGGCACCGUCCAACUGCCUGGGCAUGAUGCUGCUGUCGGACGCCCACCAGUGCCAGCGGCUCUACGAGCUCUCCUGGAGGAUGUGCCUGGCCAACUUCGCCACCCUCAACAGGACGGAGGACUUCCUUAGUCUCCCUAAAGACAAGGUUCAGGAGCUUGUGUUCAGCGAGGAACUGGAGGUGGAGGAUGAGAGCCUGGUGUACGAGGCUGUGAUAGACUGGGUAAAGGCGGACAUAGAGAGGAGGCUGGGUGACCUUCCGGAGCUGCUGCGCUGUGUGCGUCUGGCCCUGCUGCCCGAGACAUACCUGCUGAAGAACGUGGCCUCUGAGGAGCUGGUGAUGGGACACAAAGUGGGCCGGGAGAUCGUGGAGGAUGCAGUGCGAUGUAAGAUGAGGAUCCUCCAGAACGACGGCAUUGUGACGGGGUUCUGCGCCAGGCCCAGGAAGGUCAGCCAGGCCCUGCUUCUCCUGGGAGGUCAGACCUUCAUGUGUGACAAGGUGUACAUGAUUGACAACAAGACCAAGGAGAUCACCCCCAAAACGGACAUCCCCAGCCCCCGUAAGGAGUGCAGCGCCUGUGCCAUUGGCUGCAAGGUCUAUGUGACUGGGGGGAGAGGCUCUGAGAACGGGGCCUCCAAAGACAUGUGGGUCUAUGACACCCUGCAUGAUGAGUGGUCCAAAGCAGCGCCCAUGCUGGUGGCCAGGUUCGGACACGGGACAGCUGAGCUCGACCACAUCCUGUACGUUGUAGGUGGACACACCUCUCUGGCCGGCUCCUUCCCAGCCUCUCCGUCAGUCUCUCUCAAACAGGUGGAACAGUAUGACCCACAGACCAACAAGUGGAUCCUCGUAGCUCCUCUCAGAGAGGGGGUUAGCAAUGCUGCAGUGGUGGGGGCCAAGAACAAGCUGUUUGUCUUCGGGGGCACCAGCGUCAACCGAGAUAAGUUUCCCAAGGUGCAGUGCUUCGACCCGGUCCAGAACAGGUGGACGGUGCCUGCUUCCUGCCCUCAGCUCUGGCGCUACACGGCGGCGGCUGUCGUAGGCAACCACGUCGUAGUGAUCGGUGGAGACACAGAGUUCUCGGCCAGCUCGGCCUACCGCUUCAACAGUGAGACGUUCCAGUGGUCCAAGUUCGGGGAUGUGAUGGCCAAGAGGAUCAGCUGUCACGCGGUGGCGUCGGGCAACCGGCUGUACGUGGUGGGAGGAUACUUUGGGGCUCAGAGGUGCAAGACCCUGGACUGUUACGACCCCUCUACAGACUCGUGGGACAGCGUGACCAGCGUGCCCUACUCGUUGAUCCCCACAGCUUUCGUCAGCACCUGGAAGUACCUCUCAGCGUAGCGACUGACGGGGCAACAGGAAGAAAUGGCUGUUAGGAUCAUUGCAGUGGUGUCUGGAAUGCAGGCUUGUCUCCCUUCGGUGGCUGUGGAAUGCAGUGGAGGUGUGAGGAGGGGUUGUCAACCUUGCCCUCCAGGCUUGCAGUCAGAAGAGAAUCACAUGUCCCCAGCUGCAGAGCAGGAGUGUGGCUAAACUGGGCCUAAGGUCGGGUGAGGAGAGGAGCGGCCUGUCCCUCCCAGCCCGCCUAAUCUGAUGUUUCCUCUGCUGAGUAACUUUCCAUCGAGAUACUGGCCUGAGCUGCACCAGACCACUGGGGAGGGGGGGGGGGGGGUGCUGCAGGAAUGCCAGGCUGGGACUGUACUACAGAGGAACAUGGAUGCCGUACUGUACAUCCCUCUGAGUCCUGGGGCUCAUAGUGUGUUUAUGACUGCUCCACUGACACUAUGAUCAGAGCAUACAAACAGAAUCUCUUCUAUGGAUUCUAUUUCUACGUUUCAGAGACUUAUAAACUCCAGAAUGACUGCAGCCGAGGAUAGGACGGAUUGUGAUGUCACUCUAAAGGAGCUGCCACAUUGGUUCUCCUGCUCUGACAGAGAAGGGCAUGGGGUCUGAGCCACUGGGCUCCUCCAAACACUGGGUUAUUGACUGUGUUCCUCAGGUGGCAUUUGUUGAACUAGUGACAAACUCAAGGAGGCCUUGCCCAUGUUAGUUAGGAGUUAAUUUUGGGAAGUGAAGUGUAUGAUUUUGUGCAUAGAACAAUCUUCCUGUUUAUUUUUAGACUUGGACUCGAACUUCCCUCAAUUUUGGUCAACUAAAUUUGUAUCUUCUUUCUCAACUCAAAACACACUGCAAAGAAUGUGACUCAUGGCUGAAGAUACAAAAAUCACAAUUUGACUAAAUGCCUGUUGUAUGUUUCUUGUCUCAGGGUUUAUGCAAUUAUUUGUGUUUGUGCGUAGUCUGGAUGUACUGUUGCAACCUUUUUUUGUGUGUGUUUUCGUUUCUGUUUGUCCCUGGAAAUGGCCUGAAAGAGGAUGUUAAACUGAGCUCUGACUGUACAGACUGUCUCACUAACAGAACAUUCACAGGAUGGCUCGAAUGCAAUUAGACCCAUUUUUAGGAUCUGUCUUGAAGUUUAAACUCGUAUCUACCCGAGGAUGUCUUCACAGCUAUGCUUUGCCAAGUUGUCUUUCAUGUUCAUUUGUCAACUGAAAUAUCUUUUAUAAAAGUGACCCUUUACCAUGAA